UGGACUGUGCACCGACUCCAACGGCCAUAACAAAAUUCGAAAGCAGGUUGAACUAUGCAGCAUGCUAAGCAUUAAAAGGCUACACAUGCGAGUAUAUAUAAUGAGAACUAACUACAGUAACUUGAAGAUCAUGAUCAUGACGACGCUCGACCUGCAUGAAACGAACAUCUCUCUAAGCCAACAAGCUCGUAAUUGUACGUGCGGGGUCUGUGCAUGGUCUGAUCUGGUCUCGCAACCUGUUUGGGUCAUCACCGUGACGGGCCAUCGUCGGUCCGCGCGAUUAUUCUACCCACCACUCACCGCUCGGUAGUUGACUCGAUUUGCCGACUCCAAAGUGUUUUCGAAUGCAAUGUUUUUAUAUGCAUCAAAGUAAGGCCUGCGCGCGGACGCCAUUGAGCAUUCGUAACCACGAGUGCUCGACGCCGUACACAUCCGACGAACUCGCCGCUAUCGCGCACGACAACAUCGAGGGCAGGAGCUUGCCACACUCUCUAAACACGUAUGCCAAUCGUUCGGCAUACUUGCCCUCGGACAGUGCUCAACAGGAAAGCGCGAGGUAGAUUCGCUUUCCUGACAGGUCUGUGGGCGCCAUGGGCUUACUCCUUAUCUUUAGGGACUCCAAGGCCCUAGGCAUGUGCAGAAGACGGUGCUGCAGCCGUAAUUUUGCAUCAUGUUUGCCCAAGGUGUGUGUCAUUCCUUCCACAUGCACGCUGCGUGAAACGUGACAGCUUGACUCUGCAGACCUGCUGGCCAUCCUGCGUGGCAUGAACCCCGAGGAGGGAUUGAUCGCCCUAUCUCAAUGACCCGGAUAUUCAUACAAAGAUCGGCGGCUGGGUGUCAGGCUACUGUACCGC